GGUUUAAACUCGGCCGUGUGGACGCUGAGGGGCAGGCCAGGUUAUCUUUAGCCUUUAUACACACACACACACACACACACACACACACACACACACACACACAGGCAGAAGAUCCACAGAGUUUACAGUCACACUCAUGUGGAGUCGGAUGGACACAGUCUAAACCACAGAGCAGCAAGAGAACCCUGGACUAUUCGUAGAAGAUUUAAACCUUUAAACUGUGGGAAUAUCGGAGUAUAUUGAGUUUCUUUUAAUUGAUGGACCUCCUUUAUGUGAAUUUACACGUUUUUUAGAUGUUUUUUGAGAAAAAAAAAAACCCAGGCUGGACUUUUGGGUCUUCCAACGUUCCAACAUUUCUUCUGUUCUCCAUCUUCGUUCUGUUUACUGAUUUUUUUUCCACAAUCCAACAAAACUGGGAAAAUCUACAGUGUGGAGUUACCGUUACAGUUCUCAAGACCUUCUGUUGCUUCUGGGAUCUGUUCUGAACAGACGGUUUGGAUUUAAAGCUUGUGGAUUGCUUUUCUUUCAAAUUUAAUGUCUCUCUUCAGCUAGAUUGAAGGAUUUUCCCGUUCAUUUCAGGACAUCCCCGGACUCACCAUGCUGAUCUGUUGUGCCACGGUUCUGCUGGCACUCUUCGGGCCGAUGAGAUGCGACUACAGCAGUAAUGUGACGGAACCGCAGUACGCCGGACUGAGGAAGGAACCAAGUCAAGCUACAAUAGAGGCGUGUCUGCAGGUGGCUCCUCCCUGUGUGACGGAGGCGGACCACUUCAGCCUGGAGGCUCUGCGACUCAUCCACCGCGAGAUGGAUGAUGAUCAGGAUGGAGGGAUCGAGGUGGAAGAGAGUGUAGAGUUCAUCAUUGAAGACAUGCAGCAGCAGCAGCAGACCAACAAACACAGUAAACUGCACAGAGAAGACCAGCAUAUCACAGUGGAGGAGCUGUGGAGAGGCUGGAAGUCCUCAGAAGUUCAUAACUGGACUCAGGACGAUGUCCUGCGCUGGUUACGGGAGUUUGUGGAGUUGCCUCAGUACGAGAAAAGCUUCAAGGAGAUCCGCGUCAAUGGAAACACCCUGCCCAGGAUUGCUUCCAAUGAGCCGUCAUUCAUGAGUGGCUACCUAAAGAUCCAGGACCAGCAGCAUAAACACAAGCUGAAGCUCAAGGCGUUGGACGUCGUGCUGUUUGGACCACCCACACGGCCACCACACAACUGGAUGAAGGACCUGGUGCUGAUCGUUUCUGUGGUGAUGGGCGUGGGAGGCUGCCUGUUUGCUCAGGCUCAGAAUAAAACAUCCAAAGAGCACAUCUCCAAGAUGAUGAAGGAUCUGGAGAGCCUUCAGAGAGCAGAGCAGCGUCUGAGAGACCUGCAGGAACAGCUGGUGCAGGCGCAGGAGGAGAAGCGGACAGUAGCGGUAGAAAAGCAGUUUCUGGAGGAGAAGAUGAGGGAUGAAAUCCAGGGAGCUCAGGAGGAGGCUAACCGGCUUCAGGAGCUCCGGCAAGGGGCUGUAAGCGAACUGAGCCGCCUCCGCUACGCAGAGGAGGAACUGGAACAGGUUCGAGGGGCGCUGAAGAAGGCAGAGCUGGAUAUGCAGGCCUGCUGGUCAGUGCCCGAGUCUCUGCAGCUGUGGCUGCAGCUCACCCAUGAGGUGGAAGUGCAGUACUACAACGUGAAGAAGCAGAGUGCUGAGCAGCAGCUGUCCACCGCCAAAGAGGAGGCAGAGAAGAUUAAGAAGAAGAGGAGCUCUGUUCUGGGCACGCUCCAUGUGGUACACAGUUCCUCUUUGGAUCAGGUGGACCACAAGAUCUUAGAAGCCAAGAAUGCCCUGGUGGAAGUGACAGCAUGUCUACAAGAACGUCUGCAUAGGUGGCAGCAGAUUGAGUGGCUGUGUGGGUUUCUCGUAAUGAAGAACCCCGGGCUGCCCAGCCUCACGGCCACCCUGUACCCUGACCCCAACUGGAUGCUCCUUCCGAGAUCUGCCAUGUCUUCCUACCAAAUGCCCGCAGGUGUAGAUGACAUGGAGGACAGCAUGCCCUCUGUGAUGCCGCAGAUUCCUGUUACUGUGAAAGCUCCAAUAAAGCUGUCCCCUCGUGCAGUGGUCCGUUCUCGCCGAACCGGCCACAUCAUCCCGUCGCCUGUAGUUCUGUCACCUGAUCCAGACCUGCUAAUCCCGAUCCGGGGCCCGAUUCCUAGAUACGGAGAGGAUGAGGGAGAGCGAAUCAUUUUCCCGACUCUUAUGAAACAGGAAUGCAUGGAGACAGCUCCAGACCCAGAGUCCACCAUGGGCCGACUGUACCCAGGCACUGGCUUGGAUACUCCACCUCGAAGACUAUACCGCGAAGACUACGGCAGUAGCAUCACACGCAAGGUCUCUUUUGAGGAACAGGAAGAAUCUCCUUCGCGCAAAAUCUCCCGGGAGGACCUUGGGGACUCUCUGAGGGCCACCUCCAGAAAAUUCCUGCCGGAUGAACUUGCUGUGGAAAAUCCAGUCAGAAAGACAUCCAGAGAAGAACUGGAGGCAUCCGGGGAGACUUUGAUGAGUCCUAUGGGUACAGAGGAAGCAGAUUCCAGAAAAGUAGCAAAGAGUUCUCCCGUUGAUAUUACCGAUUCUUCUUUAAGAUCUUCUACCAGAGACAAGUUAGAACCUGUGAUUGAGCAGUAUCCGUCCACUCAAAGACGCACAGCCUUUAAAGAGAGGAAGAAUCCCUCAAAAGACAGCCUUUCCAGAAUGAUGUUAGGAGAUGAAGGUUGUAUGGAUGUUCAGACAGGAACUGCAGGUCUGGAUGCUGAUGUGUUUGAGGUGGACAAUGCUUCAAAGAUGAUGUCUGUUGAGGACAGUGGCGCUUCAGUGGAAGCCAAAGCUGGAACGCUGUUGAAGGACCUAUCGAGAGAUGAGUUUGAUGUCUCAAUGGAUUUCCCGGCCAAGAUAUUUAAAGACAAAGACAAGUCUUCCAGAAAGAUUCUUCAAGGGGAACUAGACCAGUCCAUGAUGCCGGAGAAGGGACAGAUCUUUAGAGGUGCUUCAAUGGACAGUAUUUCUAGGAAUAAAAUGUUCGAGACAGUGGACCCCCGUAGAGGAAUGUCCUUAAAAGAGCGAAGAGGGGAUCCUGCUAGCGCUUCCAGGAAAUUUUCCAGAGAAGAACGUGAUGUUGCCACAGAAAGACGCCGACUGUUCAGGGACUUCAGGACGGAAAGUUCUGCAGACCCAGCCACAGAGGCGCAGAAACUCCAGCGAGAUAUGCCCAUGCCUGUGGAGUUUACCAGACGCAAGAUUUCCAGAGAAGAGUUCCCAGUUGCAGACCCAGGCUCCUUAAGCCAACCAGACCUCACGUCAUCCUCCUUCAUGCUGUGGGCUCCACCCCAAGAGCUGCUAAGCCAUCUAGUCUACGAUGGAAUCUUAGAGAAGUCUUACCAGAACCCUCUCAAUUCACCCUUUCCUGGAGAUCGCGAUUCUACAGCCUCAAUGUCCGCCUCCUCCCAAAGCCUUGCUGCUAGCGAAGCUUCUGUACGAUCUGACAAUGCUUCGCCACCAGAGUCCAGUAGUGGAGAAAAAGUGAAGAAGCCCUCAAAGCUCAAGAGCCUGUUUAAGAAAAAGAAAGAUAAGGAGAAAGACAAGGAACCAACUGGAGAUAGUCUACAAGGCGGCCUGCAGAAACUUUGAAAGCAAUUACAAGAGGAACCCAAUGUACAUACUGUAUUUUAGCACUGUUGGUUUUAAUGAAGACUAUUUAACGAAGACUUCUGAGAUACACCAGUCAAGCAUCACAGCAUCACAACCAUUAUCCAUUUUUUCAGCAAUGCUGAGCAUAUGGGACACUUUGCACAUUUGUAGUGCAGUAUUUAUUUUUGUAGGUUCCUCAGUCUACUGCAAUCAGCAGUCCUGCUAGCACUGUGCUUAGCGGCCAAUGCUAAUGCUGCUGCACCUAGCCUUAGUGCUGGAGAAACUAUUAGAAAUCUAAGCUUACUGUAACGUACUUUUUGCACUAUAAGGCGCACUUAAAUCCUGUCGACGGUGCUCCUUAUAGGUGAGUAUAAUCUGCCUUUAGCCUUACCCCGGCUAGCACUGCUGGAGCAGCAUUAGCAUUAUUCGCUAACCGCACUCACUAUUUCUCCGUUCAGAAAGGAGUAUUAUUGGCCAAUAGCCUGCUACUAACCCUGGCUAGCACUGCAGGAGCAGCAUUAGCAUUACCCGCUAACCUCCCUUGCUAUUUCUCUGGUCAAAAAGAAGUAUUAUCGGCCUGUAGCCUGCUCCUAACCCUGGCUAGCACUGCUGGAGCAGCAUUAGUAUUACCCGCUAACCGCCCUUGCUAUUUCUCUGGUCAAAAGGGAGUAUUAUUGCCCUGUAGCCUGCUCCUAACCCUGGCUAGCACUGCUGGAGCAGCGUUAGCAUUAGUUGCUAACCGCACUCACUAUUUCUUAGCUCAGAGGGGAGUAUUAUCAGCCUGUAGCCUGCUACUAACCCUGGCUAGCACUGCUGGAGCAGCGUUAGCAUUAGUCGCUAACUAAACAUUGUAUGAAGCAUGCAGAGAAUCAGGAACGGGACUACAGUCUGUGAUUAUAGAACUACAAAAUAUCCUAUACAAUCAGUAGAGCUGAAAAAUGGAUAAUGGGUGUAGACACAAGGAGGGUAGACAUUCUGUUAAGCUUGAUCGAUGUAUAAGUGAUUCUUUUAGAGGGGCGUGAAAAAGUAUUUGCCCCCUACAGAUUUCUUUUAUUUUUGCUUUUUUGUCAUACUUAUAUUUUUCUGAUAAUCUAACAAAUUUUAAGAUAACCUGAGUAAAUAUAUAUAUAUAUAUAUAAACACUUUUUAAAUGUUAAUUUCUAUUUAUUAAAUAAUAUAUAUAGUUUUUUAACCCAUUCAGAGGUGAACUUUCUGUUUGUGUGCUUUGGGUCAUUGUCCUGUUGCAGAACCCAAGUACACCUAAGCUUGAGGUCAUGAACAGAUGGCCGGAUUCUGAUUCUCCUUCAGGAUUGUCUGAUAAACAGCAGAAUUCCUGCUUCCAUCUAUUACAGCAAAUUAUCCAGCAUCCCCAGACCAUCACACACACACUACCACCACCAUGUUUUACGUUCAGUAAGAUGUUCUCUUUUCUAAAAUUAAGUUCUGGCUUUUGGGACCUCCUGGAUGAGUUGUUCAUGCCCUUUUGGAGUAAUUUCAUUCGGCUGGUCACUCCUGGGAAGGUUCACCAGUGUUCCAUGUUUUCUCCAUUUGUGAAUAAUAAUAGCUCUCAUUGAAACAAUAAGUGUGAUUAAUUAAUAAAAUUCAUGUUAUGUUCAGGUAUGGGGGGAUAAACACUUUUUCACAAGGGCUAGAUUGGUGUGGAUAGUUUUUUUUUUCCUUAAUAAAUGAAAUCAUAAUUUUAAAAAGUGCUAUUUAUAUUUACUCAGGUUGUAUUUGUUCGAUAUUAAAGUUCGUUUGGUAAUCGGAAAAAUGUAACUAUGACAAAAAUUGUAAUAAUUAAGGGGUAAAUACUUUUUCACGCCACUGUAUAUGCAUUUGAAGUGCCUUUUUUCUUGUGGACCUUUAGUCUAGCUGGUAGGGAGACAUGUUUUUACUGUUGGGAUGUUCAAUACCUGUUUGAUUUAUUUUGUUAUGUUUUGGUUAGUAAUGAAUUUGUAAUUUUAUCAAGCCCCAUAAUGCUGCAAAAGCAAAAAAAAAAAUGGACAAAAGUGCCAAUUAGGCUGUAGAUUUAUAGGAUUUAUUUACAUUUAUUAGGAUUUUAUCAGUGUCUUUUAGUAUAUGCUGAUACAUGUGUGAUUUUUAUUUUUAUUUAUUUCUUUGCUUGAUUAUAGACUUAUUUAUUUCUAUAACUGCUUGCAUUUUAUAGCUGUUUUAUAUAUUUGUGUAUAUAUAUAUAUAUAUAUUACAGCAUUGCAGGGCCAUGGAGUAGGGCCUAUGUGACCUUUGCCUAACUGCAGAAAAGUCUUAAUUAAUUGUUGGAUUAAUUAUUGGAUUUAUUUCUAAGAAUUAAAAAAACUUGUUUGCUUUUUCUUUUCCUUUGAAUUAAUGCACUGUUUAGAGGCACUUUUUUCUUGGAGCCCAUGCUUAUUUGAGUCAUUUUUCAUGGAAAAAAAUCAACAUUUCAUGAACGGUCCAAAAUUACACCAAACGGUAAUACUGUAGCCUUACGUAAUUUGGUGACUUUGGUGAAAAAUGAAAAGUGUAUUUUAUUGCUAAUGUGAAUAAAACUCGAUAUAUUUCACAAUGCCCAGGGGUUUUCCCUGCUUAUUUGAGUCAUAUUUCAUGGAAAAAUCAGGGUUUCAUGAACAGUCCAAAAUUACACCAAACGGUAAUACUAUAGCCUUACGUAAUUUGGUGAUUUUGGUGAAAAAUGAAAAGUGUUUUUUUAUUGCAUAUCUGAAGAAAUCCGGAUACAUUUCACCAUGCCCAGGGGUUUUCUUUGCUUAUUUGACUCAUUUUUCAUGGAAAAAUCAGGGUUUCAUGAAUAGUCCAAAAUUACACCAAACGGUAAUUUGGUGAUUUUGGUGAAAAAUGAAAAGUGUUUUUUAUUGCAUAUCUGAAUAAAACUCGAUACAUUUCACCAUG